UCGGGAGUUCGCGCAAUUUACGUGACAAUACCGGGAGUCGUUUUCACCUGCUUCCACGCUCUCGAAUUUUAUCGUUGCAGUCCCCAGGUCGGGCAAGAUGAUGAUAACAGACGUCCUGCACCGCACUUUCGUCAGUGGACUGGCUGCACUAAGCGUGUAUGGAAUAUUCAUGGGCUAUGCCGUGCACCGCGAAACACUAGCGAAAGGGAGAGAGUACAUGGCAUUGAAAGAAGCCGAAGCAAAGCAGCGCGAACAGACGAGUGUCGAAGAGGAGGCGAAAGAACUUGCGUUAGCAGAGGCUGCCCAGGCUGUUUUCCGCAAAGGGUCGUGACAUGACUGCACACUGACCUUCUACUACAUCUUUGGUUCAAGGAUAAUCAUGCAGUCUCAUAGGACUGCAUACCAUAGAUGCCGUAGUUCAUCUUGGGCUCGCUCCGCGUAAUGUUCCUGUAACUGCCAACAAGCUGUCCAUGCCCACCAUUUAAUUGUCUCGUGAAUUGAUUAACAAGGUCAUUUCUCUUCUGCUUUAGUCGCUCAAAUAGAGACUAUGACUGAGCUCGACUCGUAUAGCAAACGG